AUGCUCAAUCUCCUCCUUGUCUCCUCCCCCGCCUCCGAAGACGAUUCCACCAGCAUGCCCCCUUCCUCCGUCGCCUCUAGAUCCGCCGCCAACCACACCUCAUCCUCCUCCUCCCUUCAUUUCUGCAAGCAUUCUCCGUCGGCGACUCUCGACCUCCUAAUCCUAAUCCUCGUCCUCUUCUCCGGCGCUUUCCUCCUCUCCUCCUACUUGUCCUACCUAAUCCACUCCCUGUCUCUCCUCUCCUCCCAUUUCCCCUCACUCGCCCUCUCGUUCUCAUCCCUCCUCCCUCUGACCUUCCUCUCCGAUCACGACGACGACGACGACGACGAAACCCCGUCAGGAUUCCUUCGGGCGUAUCUAUUCUUCACCAUCGCAGUCUCCGUCGCGGCGUCGGUUGCGUUUUUCGACCUGUGUUGCGGGUCGAGAUCGAGGAAGUGCCGUAACCCCAAAUGCAAGGGGCUGAAGAAGGCGAUGGAGUUUGAUUUGCAGCUGCAGACGGAGGAAUCCGUCAAAUCGGGAUCGAGUAAGAUGAUUGAUCGGUUGCCUUGGAAAGGAGGCAGCGAGAGCAACACUGAUUACGAGUGUUUGAGAGCGGAGCUGAGGAAGAUGGCUCCAACUAAUGGCCGAGCUGUCUUGCUUUUCCGAUCAAGGUGUGGCUGUCCAGUUGCUAAGCUCGAAGGCUGGGGACCUAAGAGAAGUCGGCGUCAUAUUAAAAAAUCGCCGGCAAAAUUGUGUGUAAAUGGAUGUGUACACUGA